AUGAUUGAUGCGGUCGACCCAUCAUCAGCCCGCUUCCGCUCGGAGACUUAUUACGUCGGGAAACGGGCCGAGAUGCUGAAGCGGAAGGCGCAGAGGGAUAGGCGGAUGAGUGAGAGACAAGAGGAACAGCUGGCAGUUGAGGCACCCUCAGCCUCGACGUCAACCUCUUCAAAUAUUUCGACAAUUCCGGAGAAGCCUCGAAUACGCCACGUGUCGACUGGGGUGUUACUCCAGGCGAACGGACCUUCUGACUGCGAGUCUACGGAGCCACGUCGCAGCAGCGUCGCGUGUACAGUCGAUGCGGCCAGGACACCGCCGGAGAAGUUGGAGACCCGGGCAAAACCUCAGCUCGUGCGGCCACUCGAAAAGAAACGCGUUUCACACCCGACUUAUGGCAGUAAGACGGCACUCACGGGCCCGGCGAUCACCCCAAGAUUGCGGUACACCAGAGAAAAAUCCGGGCAAAAACCCCGGAACGACAGGGAGGAAUGCACCAUUUUA